AUGAUGAUGAUGCAAUCGAAAGAUCUAAUUCAAACUUCUUGGCCAAAUCAAUCUUAUUUUCAUUCAAAUUCAUAUUAUUGUGAAAGCGAACACCAUGAGAUUUUUUCUUCAAUCAAUAGUACCCCUGAAAACUCAAUAGUUUCAUCAGGGUUAUAUGGAUGUGAUGAUUAUCCAUUGUUGGAAUAUGAUCAGAUGCAAGACCCUUCACCCGUUUACAAUGAGUCACAGAACAUCAACACACUUGAUGAUGUGUGCAGAUGGUUAUGUGAUGAUGAUGAUGAUGAUAAUGAUCGAGAAUCAGAAGAGAUUCAAUCGAUUAUCACAGUUGCUGCUGAUGCCAUGGAAGAAUCAAAUGAUGUCAUAGAACCCGAAUCACAAACAGGACUCGAGAAUCUACUAAAGGCCUAUGCAGAUGGCAUGUCAACGGGACAGACAGAGCUUGCAAAAGUGAUAGUGAAAUGCAUAAGAGAAAAGAUUAACCCCGUUGGUCAAACGCUUGAUCGCAUAGCCUUCAAACUGUUUGGCGAAAAUCAAGAAGAAUACAUUAACCAAGAAUCAAUGAGAAAUUUCAAGAUUGCAUUCAGAGUGUUCUAUGACAUCUUCCCUUACGGCCGGUUUGCCCAUUUCACAGCAAAUUCAACCAUUCUUGAAGCGGUUCCAGCCCAUGUGGAGUCAGUCCACAUAGUUGACUUUGACCCUGGUGAAGGAAGCCAGUGGCCACAAGUCAUACAAGCCAUAGCACAAAUGAAGAAAUCUUUGAUCAUCACAAGCAUCAAACUUGAUCAAGAUCAAGAUUCACAAUUUCAUCAAACAAGGUGGCAUCUUUGCAACUUUGCAAGAACUUUUGGUCUAAAUUUAAAGGUACAAGAGAUUGAAAUUGGACAAUUGGUGAAUCUGAUAGAGGGAAGAAAAUCAGGGAAAGAAUUUGUCGUGUUUAAUUGUAUGGUUGGCCUUCCACAUAUGGGAAAGACAAGAAAAACAAAUCAAGUUACCGACUUUCUAAACGUAGCAAAACAUGUUUUAGCACAAAACCAAGGGAUCAUAACUUUUGGCGAUGGCGAGGAAGGCGAAAGAAUGGGAAACCAUUCGGAUUAUCCUUCGUUUUUCGACAACAACUUGGCACAUUACAAAGCGUUAUACGAAUCCAUAGAAUGUGGUUUUCCUAGUUAUCUCAAUGAAGCAAGAAUAGCUAUUGAAACCCUUUUUCUUGCACCUUUUAUAUCAUCAAAAUCUUGGUUCCAAAAGUGGGAAGAGCGAAUCGAAAACACGAGUUUGGACGGGUUGAAAGGAGUAAAGAUGAGUAUAGAAAGCUGGAAUGAAGCAAGGGAAUUGGUGAAGGAAGGAGAGAGUCAAUAUGGAAUCCGAAUUGAAGGGGGGGAUGCUAAUGAAAUGGUGUUGGAAUGGAGAGGGGUUCCACUUGUGAAAGUUUCUGCUUGGGUGUAG